AUACAUGCAUUACCGUUGGGUGAACCGGACAUCAUGCAGUCAAUUGAUUAAUGAGAACACAUGCACACGGAGCAGAUUCCUAUUCUUCUUUGACGAAUUUAAAGGCAGACCUUUUGAAAAAUUACAAACCCGGAAGCCGACCGAUCUGGAACCAGUCCUUGCCAACGACGGUGCUCAUUGACAUAGCCGUAAACCAAUUAAUAGAACUGAGCGCCGUAGAUCAGACCUUGUUUGUCAGUAUAUGGGUAAGACAGGAAUGGCAAGAUCACCUGCUAAAGUGGAACGCCAGUGACCAUGAUAACAUCUCGUCAUUUCAUAUCCCAAUCACAUCAAUAUGGAGGCCAGAUACGACUCUAUAUAAUGAUGUUCGGGAAGAAGAGAGAGACGUGACAAGCUACCCCGCAGUCGUCCGCAGUGACGGGACAGUCAAAUGGAAUACGCCAAUCAUAUACCGGGCAAGUUGCCGCAUGAACGUCCGUUACUUUCCAUACGACCAGCACGACUGUCCAUUAAAAUUCGGUUCAUGGAACUACAACGGGAACCAGUUGGAUUUAUUUAAUAAAAGUUCAACCGGAGACAUGAGAUCUUUCGUCUUGAAUGGAGCUUGGGAACUUUUGGACGUGCCAGUUCGGCGAACAGUAACGGUUUACGGUUGCUGUCCAGAGCCGUAUCCCGAUGUGACGUUUUAUUUGGUGCUAUGUCGCAAACCACUGUUUUAUGUGUAUAAUCUUGUUCUUCCUUGUAUCCUCAUCUUGGUGAUGACUGCUGUUAGUUUUAAACUGCCUGUUGAAUCUGGGGAGAAGGUUUCUUUUGGCAUCACAGUCGUGCUUGCCUUGAUGGUGUUCUUGCAGAUUGUGGCUUCAGAGACUCCAACACAGUCAGAGGUAUUGCCUCUGCUGGGUGUCUACUUCGGCGUGGUCUUGGUUCUCCUCUGUUUGUCCACUGCCUCCUGCGUUUUGGUCAGUAAUUACCACUUCAGCGGUGAGCGCGGACACCAAGUGCCCGGAUGGAUGCAAACGCUGUUCUUUGGUUACCUGGCAACUAUCACGUGUAAGAGAAAAACGGUCAGGGAAGCUCUAGGAGGGAUCUAUAGGAAGAAAAGGUCCAAACAACUACUGACUUUUAAAAAGCACAAAUCCGAAAAGGAACAAAAAGUCGGAAAGUUUAAAUUCACAGGCGAACUCCACAAUGGCGUCCACAACAACAGCGAGGGGAGCGUGUUGGCGUGCAUCGAUGAAAGCCGAGAAUCCCCGGACAUUGCCGACCCGUCCGAUGUUCAGAUGCAAUUGCUCCAAGACGAUCCAGAUCCUCGGUUGGAAACAAACCGAAUUCUGCAGAAGAUACUUCAUAAAUUUGAAGCCGAGGAAACGCAUAAAAAAGAAGUCCGUAAAGAUGAUAGCUUACAGACAGAAUGGCAACUCAUAGCAGUAAUCAUUGAUACUUUGGCCAUGUAUAUUUACUUUAUUGUCACUGUAAUUGCAACUGUGAUGUUUUUUGCAUCUGCGCCAAACUGUCCGCAGGGAAGUCACUGAACAAAAAGACCGUGGUUACAGCAAUACAGCAAAAAA